UUAGCGGAAAACGAGGAAAUGAUGAAAGAUCUACCAGCUCCUGUGACUUUGGAACACGUGAUGUCAUCCACUUUUAUAAAGAAACAUUUCAUGGAUAGCAAUUUAAACAAUACAUCCUACCAUCCCGUAAGUUGUAAAAUUUUAAUAUGAUAUUGAGUUGUGCUUUAUAUUGAAUAUGCUGUUCAACCUGAUUUUUGUUAUACAUGAAAUUUUUUCAUUGAAACAUAUUAAGUAAUUUUGUUUCCGUCUGCAGAUUAUCGAAAAACCCGACUUUCACUGUGAAGUAAAGAAUUCUGGGUUACAAGCAAAUUCAGGUAAACUAAACUGAACUAUAAAUUAUGGAUAUAGGUCUGUCAGUUUUCGAAACUGUUUUUCCUUUUUUAGGGAGUUCCCAUAUAGACGUCCAGUAUACGGGACAUUCUAGGAGGAAACCUAAACUAAACUCACUCAUUAUUUAUACUGGAUUAGUGGAUAGUUUUUUCGAUUAGACAGUGACAAUGUUCGCCCAAAUUGUAAUGGCAUUUGUUUUUUCCCUGUCUAGUUCACCAAGUAACCGCAGCAGAUAUCAGUGUGGUGGCGUCCCUAGGCGACUCUAUUAUGGUAUAUAAACAAAAAUAUUAUUAUAAAAACAUAUAAUCUUUUACUAUAUUUCCAGAAAAAGACAAGCGUUUUAGUGUGAUGUUCUUUUUUGCAUGUAAUGACAACUUUUCUCGAAAAGUUUCCCCAAUUUGAAACGAGAUAUCAUAACAAUCACAUGUGAUUCUUUUAGAUUGGUUUGGGUGCAAGAGGGACAACAAUGGUCGAUUUCUUCACAGAAUACCGUGGGAUAUCAUGGAGGUAUUUUUGAACGUUUUUUUGUUUUGAUUUCAUCCUUAUUGAUAUUGAACUGUUCACUUAUAUUUUAUUGUUGAAAGAAACCAUUUAUUACUUUUUUGACGUUUUUCUAACUCAAAAUAGUGUCGGACUACCAUCAGAAUAAAUUUUCAAACUUCUAUCGAGUAUCGUAUUGUCUUUCAACUCCGCGUAAAAUCGAAGGGUCUGUGGCAAAAAUACAAUACACACGUGACGGUGAAGGACCAGAUUUAUGAAUAAACGUAGACUAACGUAGAUAACGAGUUAUUGUUAUUCUAACGAGAUUCACAGCCAUUUUCCCUUCGAUAGGCUAUGGCCGAUGUUAUUUAUAUUUUAAUGUUGAAACCUCAAAGCCAGAAAAUUAAGUUAUGUUCAUGCAUAAAAGUUGAAGCCAGAAAAUUAAGUUAUGUUCAUGCAUAAAUUAUACAAUGGAUAAUUAUAUGCAUUCAGUUUACACUGCCGGGAAAAGCAAGACAAACUUUUUCUGUAUAAUUUCUCAUCUAAUUUCAUCCGAAUCAAAAUUUAAUCAAUUUGUGCUUGGGUAAUGUCAUAUAAGAUAUCUAUGGGUAUAGUGUCCAUUAGCCCCACAAAUUUUCAUUUUAAUACGUUUGAUAUUUUGUGAGCUAUCGUUUUGACAGACAAACACAAAUAUACAAAUGAAGGAAACAGUGAAGUAAAACACUAAUAUCUCAGUUAUUUUUCAGCAAUGGUGGUGACGCAGAUUUGCAAGAUAUUUUGACUCUGCCUAGUAAGUACAUGCAUGUAUAUCACUGAGUAAACUAUUGAUUGAAUGAUUGUUUAAUUGGUCUCUUAUUGAUUAAUUGAUUGAAGAGAUAAUUUGUCGAAUCAAGCCUGAUUGUGAUCAAUUAUCGCUCAAUGGACAUUUGCAUUAUAGACUAAAUUUUGAUCUAGACAAAAAUUUCAUCACAGCUUGAAAGAGCAUCAGAAAAUUAGUAAUAUUCUGAAGUUUCGUUGCGAAAUGUUGUAAAAUGCGGAUAAUAUAGCCGUGCGAAGUUUGCCGUUUUUCAGUCAUUUUGUAUUACGCACGGGAAAUUGACAGCCCAAUCAGGUGUUGGCGCAUCAAUUUCCCGUUUGUAAUACAAAAUGACUGAAAAUUGCAAAUUUCGCAAGGCUAUAUUAUCCACAUUUUGCAACAUUUCGCAGCGAAACUUUGGCAUAUUACUAAUUUUGUGAUGCUCUUUCAAGCUGUGAUGAAAUUUUUGUCUAGACCAAAAUUUAGUCUAUAAUGCAAAUGGUCCAUUACAACACAUAAUCUAUUACAUUGAUAGAGUAUAAGUUUUUACCAAAAUAAUAGCUUUUUACUAAAUGAAUGUAAAUUUUUUGUCGUUGAAAGAUAUAUUGAAAAAAUUCAAUCCGAAGCUAAAGGGUUAUUCAACGAACAUAGCCAGACACUACGAGAAGAACUCAGGUUUAAAUUUCGCCACCGUCUCAGCUACUUCCAGGUUUGAAAUUUUUUUUAUCUUCUAAUACAAUUAUUCGGUUUCAUGGUAUCAAACCUCAAACCUUGGUGAUUAUGAAACAAUGAUCACGAUGUAUCGCUCUUUUGCAGACAUUUAGAAGAACAAGUGCACCAACUUAUAACUAAAGUUAAACAAGAUAAGGUGAAUAGAAAAUUUGUACUAUACAGUAUCGAUGUAUUGGGCUGCCAAGCGCCGCAGGCAUUGAGAGUACGAGAGCAUGCUCUUUUGAACUUUUCUUCUGGUUGUUUUAAUAGACUAUUGAUUUUAAAGAAGAUUGGAAGCUAGUUAACAUUAUGUCUGGCACAAGAGAUCUUUGCAGGCUGUGUGGAGAUAUGGUAAAUCAUUUUAAAAACUUUAUUUAUACUGGAUAGCUCUAAAACAGUUCUAAACUGUUCUCCGUAGAAGCCCAGUAAAGGUCAUCUCUUAUUGAUCCAGUGUUACUGCAGGAGGAAACCUAAACUAAACCACUGCAAUUUAUAGGAUGAAGUCACGCCUGAUGAUUACAUUCGAUCACUGGUCAAGACAUUGGACACUUUACAGACCAAGGUAUUAUCAUGAUAGGAAGGAAUCUUUUACAUUGUUUGCAUAAGCGAGUGAAGAACAUAAGUUGAUGAGUAAUUUUAUCCAAUUAAGAAAUCAUUUUGUUUUGUUUAGAUGCCAAGAACAUUUGUUAAUCUUAUCCUGCCAAUAAAUGUCUCUUCACUUUAUGCUUUAAACAAUCGUGGCCGUUGCAUGAUGGGAAAUUGGUAGGUUAUGCACGGCCUAUCUUCAAAUUGACGCUUCUCAAAAUAUAACGCGAAUGUUAACGUCUGAUGACACUUGCAUUUUGCAGGUCGAUUUGUCCAUGUUUAGGAAAUGAAUUCAUGAGAAAAAAGAUCUCUAACUUUUACGAAGGAUACAAGGUAGAAAACUAGAGCAAUUUUUUUAAAAUAAACUGUUAAACAAUAUUAAGUAGUACAGUCAACAUACGACUUCAUUAGACUAGUAUUAAUUAGUGCCAAUUAAUACUGUAUUAGUUAAUUAAUAGUAAUUACUAUUUAAUCAAAAGUCUUAAGGGGCGGAUCAUUAGAUAGUGAUGGGAGAGGGGGGACUUUUUUAACUUGUACGAAUAUUUUUUAAAGUUUUUGCUUGUGUCGAUAAUUUUUUUAAAAUAUAAUCCCUUGCACGAAUUUUUUUAUUUCAACAUAUAAUUUUCCCUAUUGAAAAGUCUCUGCACGAAUUUUUUCCUUUCUGUUUCCCCUGUGCGAUUUGUUUGCCCCCCCCCCCACAUCACUUUUCUAACGGUCUGCCCCUAACCAAUAUACAACACAGAAAUUCUACUAUACAUUUAUUUUUGACAUUUGUAUGUUUCAUGUUCAGAGUCUUGUGUACGAGUUGAUUGGCAGUGGCGUGUAUGACAGAGAUGAAGAUUUUACUGUGGUUCUUCAACCUGUGUUUGAAGAUUUACUAUUUGAUGUUCCUAAGGUAUAAAAUAUGUCCAAGUAAAAUUUUUACUGACGCGCAUUAUGUUUAUUGGUAGGUGAGGCCCGAAUUUUUUUAAUACUCUAAGCCCAACCUCGCAAGCCAGACUCUCUCUACAAGUAGACCUCUAUUUCAGUCUAAACUAAAAAAUAUUACUUUUCUUGUAAUUGGUCAUGUACUAAAACAUUGAACGAUUUCGUUUGUUUUCAGUUAACCUUUUUCUUUCUCGUUCAUAUUUCUACAGGAUCGUGAUUUAUUUUCGCUGGACUGUCUUCAUUUCUCUGCGAAAGGAAACGCUUUGGCAGCUACCGCCUUGUGGAACAACAUGGUACGUGAACAUGUCUAACUACUUGUUUUAAGGCGGUCAAAAUGGAGGCGUACCAUUACAUUGCAGGAAUGGCAACAGCAUUGCCACUCAAGAAAAGUUCAGAUUGAACCUCCACUCAUUGAGUGUGAAGGAGCUUUUAGAAUACGGGUACUCCUAACCCCAUUCGAUUGUGAAUUUUAUUCAAUUUCGUCUUUUUUACGUGACUCGGGCGUUUCACUCGGGCUCAGAAUUGACUCGGAUUUGCCUUGAUAGCUGGAUUUACUCAAUGGCAAACAUAUACUCUUUGAGCAGUUUAAUCGAAAUUAUUCAAAUCCUUAUUUUAGUUUGAACCAGUUCACAAGAAGUUGUCAAGAUGGCACAAACCGCUGACAAUUAAAUGUCCCAUCGAGGUAACAUGAAGUAUUAUUACACAUUUGAUGUCGUUUGCACAGAUGGUGUGCUUGUUCAGCCGUUCCGCACGUUGUAACCAAUAAUUUAUUGGCGUUGUAAUGCCAUUGUAUGCAAUAAAGUAUUGGUUACAAUGGAUUUACAAUUAAUCCAAACGCUAAUCCUAACUCUAACCCUAAUCCUAGCCCCUAACCCUAACCCCACCUUCUAACCCCUAACCCCACCUGCUAACUCCGCAACCUAACCGCAAACCCUAACCCCGGCCAGCUACCCCUCCGGUAGCCUGUGCACAUCCUGUAUUACCCUGUACUACAGUCUGUGAAAACUCACGCGAUUGCUUGUCGAGCUACUCAGAUCUGAGUAGUAGACUGUCAUUGGCUAAAGAUAAUUAAAUUAUUUUGAUUGCAUGCGAUUGGUUAAUUUCUCAUCACUAGUAAAACCUGUUUUUCCAAUCAAUAUAAAAUUAAUAAGACCACUUAAUUUCAACGCGCGAAAUUGAUUUGUUCUUCAAAAUUUCCUAUACUCGCUGCUCCAAGACAAGGUAAAUUUUAUAUAUUUUUAAUCCUGGAGAAAUAAGCUAUCGGAAAAUGUUUAAAUCAAGUUUAUACGAUCAGAAAUUUAGAAGUUAGGAGUCAAUUUGGCAGCCGCUUGACUAAAAUUUAAUUGUUUACACUGACACGAAAACAACAUUACAAAUCUUAUGUACAGUAAGCUCAUCCAGUUUUUGUUGUAGAGACUUUGUUUACUUAUCUUUCGAAAGAAAAUCUUCUACGGAUUUCAAAACUAUAUAAUGUGUCUCGUGUUAAGAUAGAAAAUAAUUUUUAAAUGAAGAAAAGUGAAUGGACUUUGCACGUCAGUCGAGACAUAUUAAAUAUUUAGUUUAGCAUGUAAGCAUCAAAUUUCGUUGGUAAAUUUGGUGAAAACUUGCUCAAAGUUGAGGCUCAAACCUUUACAUACUUUAUAUAAUCUGUAUCGCUAUACAACCAGAAAUUUAAAAACGUUUGAAUGAAGUACAUUGGUUGAGUAUUUUAAAAAUUAUCCAAAGUUUUGUACUGUUGCGCUAUAUUUACAUGCCAUGCAUGCUGUCAUAUAUGUAUUAAAAUAUUUUGAAAUUCUCAGUACAAAACUUUAGAUAAUUUUUAAAAUACUCAACCAAUAUACUUCAUCCAAACAUUUUUAAAUUCCUGGUUGUAUAGCGAUACAGAUUAUAUAAAGUAUGUAAAGGUUUGAGCCUCAACUUUGAGCAAGUUUUCACCAAAUUUCCCGACGAAAUUUGAUGCUUACAUGCUAAACUAAAUAUUUAAUAUGUCUCGACUGACGUGCAAAGUCCAUUCACUUUUCUUCAUUUAAAAAUUAUUUUCUAUCUUAACACGAGACACAUUAUAUAGUUUUGAAAUCCGUAGAAGAUUUUCUUUCGAAAGAUAAGUAAACAAAGUCUCUACAACAAACACUGGAUGAGCUUACAUAAGAUUUGUAAUGUUGUUUUCGUGUCAGUGUAAACAAUUAAAUUGUAGUCAAGCGGCUACCAAUUUGACUCCUAACUUCUAAAUUUCUGAUCGUAUAAACUUGAUUUAAACAUUUUCCGAUAGCUUAUUUCUCCAGGAUUAAAAAUAUAUAAAAUUUACCUUGUCUUGGAGCAGCGAGUAUAGAAAAUUUUGAAGAACAAAUCAAUUUCGCGCGUUGAAAUUAAGUGGUCUUAUUAAUUUUAUAUUGAUUGGAAAAACAGGUUUUACUAGUGAUGAGAAAUUAACCAAUCGCAUGCAAUCAAAAUAAUUUAAUUAUCUUUAGCCAAUGACAGUCUACUACUCAGAUCUGAGUAGCUCGACAAGCAAUCGCGUGAGUUUUCACAGACUGUAGUACAGGGUAAUACAGGAUGUGCACAGGCUACCCCUCCGGGGAAUUGACAAUGUUUUGCGUUGAGUAAAUCUGAAAUCUCAAUCAAUUGCAAUUUUUUUUCCUCAUAGAAUUCGCCAUAUUUGUCUACAAGGACCAACAGUAAAACCGAAGCCAAGUCAAAGCGGGAUCAGGACAGCAAAUCUGGAAUGUCCCCAGCUGUCAUCGUCACUGUAACACUUGCCAUUAUUUUCGCGCUUUCUUUAAUUACCGCCUUCGUGUAUUUGAAGCACAGACUAAGAACUCCAAUCACUAAACUAAAAUUUAGCAAUAAACCUUGGCUGAAGUACAGUAUUUAGCAAAAAUGUAAAAAUAUGUCAGUAGAUACUGUAGGAUAGCGUAAAUCUUCACCCCAAUGAACCCCUUUCAAAAUACCCCCACUAUAGGCCAAUUAACAAAGUAACAACAUUUUGAGCACCUGGAUACCACUUUGUGUGGACGGUAGAAUCAAUAACUAACGAUAUUUUGUAAUAUUAAUCAUGAUUGCAACGCUUCUAAGACAACUAUUUGUAAAAUUUACGUAAAACACUAAGACAGUCUAAUAUCAGGUCUAAUGACCAACUAGUGAACUCUUAGUUUCAGACAAGAUAAAUAUCUACUUUUUUAAGUUUCCAUUUGUAACUAUAGUUUUCUAGAUGUUUUGAUAGACUACAUUAAAUAAGAUAUCUACAGUGAAAGCGUCUAAAUCUCUAUGCUAUAGUAUACUCGAUAUUAAUUAAAUUAUAUCAUUGUCAAGACUCAAUACAGGAUCCAUGCAACCCACUAUAGCCA